CGAGGCCCGCCCCUGCUUGCUGUGUGUCUAACUCAGAAGCCCGCUAGCUUGGGCGCGCCCAGGCUAAGAUUCCAGGCGCUUGUCGUUGGGUGGUCUCCGCUCGCCGGCUUGGCCCUGAGAUUGCCACCCUGCUUGGAGAGAGCACCACGGUGCUGUGCGGCAGUCCCUGGACGCAGACAAUGGAGGCGGCGGUGGCAGUGACCCGGCUGCCCCCGCAUGACCCGAAGACGCCGGCACUGUCCGUGGUGGACAUGCACACAGGCGGCGAGCCUUUGCGCAUCGUGCACGCCGGAUGUCCAGAGGUGGCUGGGCCCACGUUGCUGGCCAAGCGGCGCUACAUGCGUCAACACCUCGACUACGUACGUCGGCGGCUCGUGUUUGAGCCCCGCGGCCACCGGGACAUGUACGGGGCCAUCCUGGUGCCCAGUGAGCUGCCCGACGCGCACCUAGGCGUCCUGUUCCUGCACAACGAAGGCUACAGCUCCAUGUGCGGCCACGCGGUGCUGGCGCUGGGCCGCUUCGCUCUGGACUUCGAGCUGGUACCCGCUCCCCCAGAAGGCGCCCGGGAGGCCCGGGUCAACAUCCACUGCCCGUGUGGGCUGGUGACCGCCUUCGUGGAGUGUGAAGGAGGCCGCAGUUGCGGCCCCGUGCGCUUCCACAGCGUCCCAGCCUUUGUCCUGGCCUCAGACCUCACAGUGGAUGUGCCUGGCCAUGGAAAGGUAGUGGUGGACAUUGCCUAUGGUGGGGCAUUUUAUGCAUUUGUUAGUGCAGAAAAAUUAGGACUUGAUGUGUGUUCUGCGAAGACAAGGGACCUUGUGGAUGCAGCGAGCGCAUUGACAGGAGCAGUGAAAGCGCAGUUUAAAAUCAACCAUCCUGAGAGUGAAGACCUUGGUUUUCUGUAUGGAACUAUCGUGACAGAUGGGAAAGAUGCUUAUAGUGAGGAGCCCACCACCAACAUCUGCGUGUUUGCAGAUGAACAGGUCGACAGAAGCCCCACCGGCUCGGGAGUGACAGCCAGAAUUGCUCUGCAGUAUCAUAAGGGGCUUCUGCAGCUGAACCAGACCAGAGCCUUCAAAAGCAGCGCCACUGGCUCGGUGUUCACGGGCUGUGCUGUGCGGGAAGCGAAGUGUGGAGAUUUCAAAGCUGUCAUAGUGGAAGUUGCAGGACAAGCCCAUUACACGGGGACAGCAAACUUGACAGUAGAAGACGAUGACCCAUUAAAGGAUGGCUUUCUUCUCAAGUGACUUUUUUUUUUCUUAAGUUUUAAAGGUUUUGCUUAGAAAAUAAUUACCUUUAAAUGAUGUUUUCUCUGUGUUAUGUGCAAACCAGUAUCCAGUUACACUUAUAGGCUAAUUUUUAUACGUUCUUAAACAAUAUGUUGUGUCUAAAUAUAAGGUAUUAUACUUCCUAUUUGGCAUCCUUUUGAGCAUAAAUGUCACUAAUGGGGCAAACACAGUGCUAAGAAUCCAGAAACUUUUUAAUCAUGGGUAUACAAGGCAAAAUUAAAACACAGUUACUUAAUCUAUGCUAUGGAAAUGACAAUACUUAUAAGUUCUUUGAAUGCUAGCUUCAGCUAUAGACCACACAAUAAUAAAUGUUGUGAGUUUGUUAUUUUAAUGUUCCGGUUUGAGUAAAAUAAAGCCAUCCAUAAGCUUCAUGCUCACAGAGGUGGGUUAUUAUAAUGUUCUCAAUACCUGGCAUAAAUAAUCUUGGAAGGAUCAAAAGGAGUCAACUUCUUUGACAGGCAUUGUUAGAGCUGCUGCUGGAGUUUUGGUUUUGCUACGAAGCCUUCAUUAUUUACAACAACUGGUACCCAAGUGCCACAAAGUCACCAAGUAAUGCUGCAAAGACCAACUGGUAACUGGAUUUUUGCUAUCUCUUUAGAUGAUACUAUUUGGCUUGGGGUGGUAUUUUACUUGUGUUUUCAGUUGGUUGUUUUUCCUUUGGUUCUUUUACUGGUUCUAGGAAUUGAUUCUACAACCUCAUGCUACAUUAUUGAAAUACAAGUGUGAAGUAAAAAUCUUUAAGUCUUUGCAGUGAAAUUGAUCUCAUGCCCUAUCGGCUGAUCUUGACUGGAGCCUUGUUCUUCACUGACAGGGCCCUGAGGAGGAAAGUCUAGAACAUAGAUAAAGGCAGGCUCAGGGGGUAUUGCAUAAGCCAUGCUUUAUGCUAAGCAAGUUUACUAAAAAGUACAUUGUCUUAUAAUGCUAUUUGUAGGAGGGAAAUGCUGUUUGUGUAGCAGAAAGCUCUCAUCCAAUGGGACAAAGUCAGCAGGAUGCUAACUAAGCAGUGCUACACAAAAGCAGCACAAGAUACCCCAGGGCAUCACAAUCUAAGCACACAGAGUCCCUGGGAUUGCUAACUCUAGAGUCUUCAAUGAGGAAAGCCAAGUUGCCAGGAUCUGAAACUUUUAACUCCUUCCAGGGCCUGGCCCCAGUCCCAGACUGGACUUUCCCAAGUUUGUCCCUGGGCAGGAAUACAGACUGAGUUCCUGUUGUCUUUUCACGGGGGCUUUUGGGGAGCCUUGGAUCAGCCUGGCUCUCAACAAUCACCUGCUUGCCAGAUUUUGAACAUGAAGAAAUCUCGUUUCUGGCAUUCCAAGUAAUCCCAUUAAUACUUACCUUUGAGCCUAUUAAACACACACACACACACACACACACACACACACACACACAAUGCUUGAAAGCCAGGUGUGGAGACACAUGCCUGUAAUCCCAGCACUUGGGAGGUGGAACCAAGAAUAUUGUAAAGUUUGAGGUCAGGCCUUGUCUUUUAAAAAUAAAGUGGAUCAUUGUCUGCCAUCCUAAACUGAAACAUAUACUGUGGUGCCUUUUGAAAACUUGGUAUCCCUUCUGUGAGGUAUGUAACGUACUUCAGUUCUGAGCACAUUAGAUACUGAAUUAAUCCAUGUUAAGUAGUGGUCUCACUCAGCAAGCCUUCAUUGACCCAUAUUUUGGGGGGUCUAAAACUUUAUUAUAUAACCUAAUGAAAAUUAUAAAAUAAAUAUUUCUUAUUUCCCCAUUACCCCCAAGUAGUUGUGGUUUUGUGUCAAAACCAUGGCUUACUUCAAAGGUCAAAGAGGCACUCUUAUUAACUCAGUGUGACUAAAUUUCCAGAUUAGUGGAUGUGCUGUAUUUAAAGAAAUAAAAGUAGAAUCACUAUUUUCUCUUAAUCUUGUGUCACAUUAAUAAGACCAAACACAUACACACCCUUUACUUGAAAACAGCACACUGUUGUUGGUAUGCCAUGGCUUCCAAGGGUGUAGAACUUUAUCCAUGACAGUUAGGAAUCCUCAGUUCUUGGUGGUAAUAAAGAAUAGAUGGCUUAUGGUGGUUUUCCUUCUUGUGUCAGAAUUGUGUCAACAUAGUUCAUUCUCCACUAACUGCCUCAGGGUAGAGCCCUCUGCCUCACCUGUGGGCUGCCGUGGCUUCAUCCCAUUUGUAUAUAUGGCAAGAAGAUACUGGGCAAGCGUGUUGGAUCACUCAUGAAUCACAUGGCUCGUAAAGUCAGUCCAGAGGCUGUGUGACUCCAACAGAAUAGAAAUGCUUAACAUCCGACACUCUAAUCUAUCCUAUCCUUCCCUCUGCUCCCUGCAACCCAGUCCAUCUCAAGGCUUACUGAUGUCAAGAGACUGGAGCAUCCACCUCCUUCCCCUCGGUGGCACUGCCCCUGAGUGUUUAAAUGUAUUCAUCUAAAAAUGAUAAAACAAGCUAUCUUGUCUGUCUUUUAGCGUGCUUCCACCCCAACGUCUCCCCUUGGAAUUCAAGCUUCUAGAUACACUUUCCUCCUGUAUCCAACCACUGUCUGGUUUCUGUGUCAUUACUCUCUAGAAACUGCUUGGCCUGUUGGAUAGAACGGUUACCACAGGGUUCAUCACACCCUGACUGUGCUGGCUCUUUGUACUCAAGUGUGGUACCUGUGAGAGCAGAAUUCCUAACUCUGUGGUGCAAGGGUCAUCCCCACACUGACUCACUGAGGCUCCCUAGACCAUUGGGUUGAUACUCAGUCCCCAACUGCAUGUGAUACUGCAACUGUGUGGGCCACAGUCCAUACCCUCUUCUUGUUCCAAAUCUAGAUUCUUUAAGAAUUGGGCCACCUUUCAGCCCUCAAAAGCCACUCACUGUAUACUGUUCCUCCGUAGAGCAAUGUUCAUACUUCUAUGUAACCAUUCUACUAAAGUCUUAAAAU